GUGCUUUGUUCAGUCACUUGUUUAGAUUGAUAGUAGAAUGCUGCAAAAUAAUUUUCUUAUUCCGCUUCUGAUAUUUCUACUCGCAAACACUGAAGCGAUUGAAAAAGGUAAUGCAUUGACAGUCUGCUUCUUUAGUAAUUGGGCAAUCUACAGACCAGGAAUCGGAAGGUAUUCGCUCGAUGAUAUUCCUAAUGGAUUGUGCUCGCAUGUGUUGUAUUCUUUUGUGGGGUUUUCCGACAAAUCACCUCACAAAAUUACAGAAAUGAAUCCGAAGGAUGAUACCGAUCCAAACGGUCUUCGUAGAUUUUCUGAGCUACGAACUCGUGUAGAGGGGGCCAAGUUGCUGGUAAGCAUUGGAGGAUGGGGUCAGGAUGGAAGCCAAUUUUCUAAAGCAGCAUCUAAUCCAGUUUCUCGUCAGCAAUUCACGGAAAGCGUCGUAUCGUUGUUAAAUGCUUUCGAACUUGAUGGUUUUAAUAUUCACUGGUUAUGGCCAGGGCAUUCCAGUCGCGGUGGAACGUCACAGGAUAAGACCAACUUUGCCCUUUUGCUGAAAGAUCUAAGCGAUGCUUUUGAAAGGGACGGUCACGGAAGAGAAUUGACAGUUACUGCACCGGUUGAAGAGUUUCGAUUGAAUGAAGGAUACAGAGUAGCGGAUAUUUGCAGACAGGUCGAUUAUAUUUAUUUAACAACCUAUGAUUUACGAGGCAUGUGGAACAAUUUCACAGAUGUGCAUGCUCCUUUAGAGACGAGAUCAUUUGAUUCGAAUGCAUUCAAACAUUUUAACGUGAAAGAUGGAGUAUCUUCAUGGAUCAAUAAAGGGUGCCCGCCUGGAAAACUUGUACUUGGCAUUGCUAGUACUGGACGUACAUACACUUUACAAAAUACUUUAAUUAACGGCCUAGGAGCUCCAAGUAAAGGAGCUGGUGAGAUGGGAGAGUACACCAAAUCCGAGGGAUAUGUGUCGUAUUAUGAGAUCUGCAAACGAAUCCAGGAUGGCUGGAUCGUGCGGCGGGAUGUUAAUGGCAUGGUUCCUUACAUUAGUCAUAAUGAUCAAUGGAUAGGCUACGAUGAUGUACUGUCUCUCAAAGAAAAAGUCAAAUUAGUAAGACAGCGAGAACUUGCUGGAACAAUGAUUUACGCAUUGGAUAUGGACGAUUUUCGAGGAAUAUGCGGGCAGCAAUAUCCUAUAACAAAAUUUAUUGCCGGUGAAAUGAGAAAAAUCCCUUCGGCAGGCGAGUAUGAGAUUGUAUUUGGAAUCGACAGAGAAGGAUAUUAAAAUAUGUUAGCUUUUGCAUCAAACGUUGUGCUCUCUAAAUUUAUGUUGCCUCCUGAGUUAGGUUGUUCCCAAAAAUAUUAGGAUAUUGGACUUUGACCAUCAACAUUUUGUUCUCGCAUGUUUCCAUAUAAAUGAUUAAUUUUAAUUCAAUCCUUGUAAAUAAUGAGGAUCUGAAGAAGCCUAUUGAUAUUGUUAUUAGAAGAACACAACCUGUCCACGGAACUUUCCUGUCCACGACAUUAGUCUGUUUACAUGAUGCAGAAGGUAAUCAAGGCAACAUCCAGGAAUUUGUCGUGAUGUCGAUAUGAAACACUAACCACUAGACCUGUUUUGCCUUUCUACUAUAUAAAUAUAUAGUAUAAAGGUAUAGAAAUCACUUGGAAAACCGGAAAUGGAAAGAAGGUC